GAGGAGGAGGAGGAGGAGGAUGUUGUGAAGGCAGGUUGGUUGGUUGGAGCUAACCGACCGACAGUAGCUCAUCGAGCUCCGAGGCGGACUCUCUGCUCCUCCCGCAGCGCUGGGCAUCCAGUCACACGGAGUGGGGAGCAUCCUCUGACAGUUCGCCACCAACCUGAGUGGAUUUAGGGUCUGAAUUCCGGACAAACGUCGCCGCCUCUGCGCCGCUGUGACCACGGAGGAGAACCAGCAGCUGGCUCCGGGGCGACCGUUUGCUGCUAGCAGGCUACCCUGAGCAGCUGGGAUUUGGCCUCAUUUUUGGAACCAUGAUGGUGAAAAUCGAGGACGACGCUCCCGAGCUUCCCCGGUUGUGAUGAAAACUGGCCAGUGACUCGAGAGUUUAUCCUGGAUGCCGUGACGUGGUCGAUCCAAGAUGGAGAAAAAGAAAACGUGCCCUCGCCUCCUCGACUACUUGGUGGUGGUCGGAGCUCGGCAACCCAGCAGUGACAGCGUGGCUCAGACCCCUCAGCUCCUCCGUCGCUACCCUCUGGAGGACCACCACGACUUCCCGCUGCCUCCGGACGUCGUCUUCUUCUGCCAACCGGAGGGCUGCCUGAGCAUCCGUCAGCGCCGGGUCAGCCUCCGCGACGACUCGUCCUUCGUGUUCACGCUCACCGACAAGGACUCGGGAAUCACCCGCUACGGGAUCUGCGUCAACUUCUACCGGUCCUUCCAGCGAGGACACCACCGCAGCCGAGGGGACAAGAGCAGAGACGCAGAGUCGACGGCGCCGCCGGUGGAGACGGCGACCGAAGCUUCAGAAGACGGCGGCGUCGGUCCGGCCUCGACGUUAGCUCCUCCUAACAACGCAGAGUCUGCUCCUCCGCCUUCAUCCGGAGAAGAAGGAGAGAAACCAGCCGCCGAGCAGAAUGCCGGAAAAUCCCCACAGCACAGACGGAGCGCCGCCAAGACGGCAGCCCGGAACCGAAACAGCACCCUGACGUCGCUGUGCAUCCUCAGCCACUACCCUUUCUUCUCCACCUUCAGGGAAUGCCUGUAUAUUCUGAAGAGGCUGGUGGACUGCUGCAGUCAGAGGCUCACCCAGCGGGCCGGACUCCCGCGGGCCACCCAGAGGGACACCAUGUGGCGGGUUUUCACCGGUGCUACGUCUGUGGAGGAGAAAGGCAGCCAGCUGCUGGCCGACCUGCGGGAGAUUGAAUCCUGGAUUUACCGGCUUCUCCGGUCUCCGGUACCGCUGGCGGGUCAGAGACGUGUCGACGUGGAGGUUCUGCCCCACGAACUGAAGCGAGCCCUGACCUUCGCCCUGCCUGACAACUCCCGCUUCGCCAUGGUCGACUUCCCCCUGCACCUGCCCUUAGAGCUGCUGGGCGUGGACGCCUGUCUGCAGGUCCUCAGCUGUGUCCUGCUGGAGCACAAGGUCAUUCUUCAGUCCAGAGAUUACAAUGCUUUGUCCAUGAGCGUCAUGGCCUUCGUGGCGAUGAUCUACCCGCUGGAGUACAUGUUCCCCGUCAUCCCCCUGCUGCCCACAUGUAUGGCCUCUGCUGAACAGCUCCUCCUCGCUCCCACUCCAUACAUUAUCGGCGUACCGGCGAGCUUCUUCCUCUACAAAUCUGAUUUCAAAAUGCCAGACGACCUUUGGCUCGUUGACCUUGACAGCAGCAAGGUUAUAGCACCUACCAAUGCAGAGAUUCUCCCUCCUCUUCCAGAGCCUGAAGCAGGCGAGCUAAAGAAACAUCUAAAGCAGUGUCUGGUUAGGUUGACCGUGAUCACCCAAAAGCAGAUCUUCUCCUCUGAAAAUAAGGCCUUGGCCAGUAUGAGCCUGAACACCCAACCCAUCCUGAACCUGGAGAAGUUCCAGGAGGGUCAGGAGAUGCCGCUGCUUCCGCCCGGACGAGAUAAAGCCUCGCCGUCCUCCACCGAGUUCAACCCUCUGAUUUACGGCAACGACGUCGACUCUGUGGAUGUGGCCACGAGGGUUGCCAUGGUACGGUUCUUCAACUCCCCAAAUGUUCUCCAAGGUUUCCAGAUGCACACUCGCACAUUGCGUCUCUUCCCCCGGCCAGUCGUGGCUUUCCAGUCCACGUCUUUUCUUGCAUCUCGGCCGCGACGUUCCAGCUUUGCAGAUAAACUGUCUCACACCCAGGCAGUGGAGUUCUACGGAGAGUGGGCUCUGAAUCCCACCAACCUCGCCUUUCAGAGGAUACACAACAAUGUGUUUGACCCCUCCUUAAUCGGAGAUAAACCCAAGUGGUAUGCACACCAGUUACAACCAGUGCUCUACAGAGUUUACGAUGGAAGCUCCCAACUGGUUGAAGCUAUGGCUGGGCCUUUGGAGGAUGAAGGCAACGAAUCCGACCCCACAGACAGCGGUAGUGACAGUGAGGCGUACGACGACUCCAGCUCAUCCUAUUCCUCACUUGGAGACCUCGUUAGUGAGAUGAUUCAAGGCGACAUCCAAGGAGACACGCCAAGCUUGGACCCGCCUACCCACGCUGCUCUGGGAGAUGCCAGUGAGGUGGAGUUUCAGGACUUCCAUGACUUCAGGGAAGGUCACGGUCCCGAGGGUCCUCCCAGCGGAGAUGGACCGGCCGAACCCUUAGAUGGACAACCUCUUCGCUCGAGCUCCAGCACAACCGCAAGCUCGAGUCCCAGCACAAUCAUCCAGGGAGUCAACCAUGAGCAGGGCGAAGUGCCUGAAAUCGAAGCCUCAGCGAGCGCCGCCUUACAGAACCCCGUCCCCGGACUGGGCAGUCAGCCGUUCCUCAGACCUGCAGCCGAUGCUGGUCUGGUGGAUCCAGCCAACAAAAAGCAAGAGUAUGACAACCCGUACUUUGAGCCUCAGUAUGGCUUCCCCUCAGAGGAUGAUCCUGAUGCAGAGGAGCAAGUGGAAUCAUACACCCCUCGAUUCAACCAGAACCUCAAUGGCAACAAGGCUCAGCGUCCUUUACGUCCCAGUAGCCUGAGGCUUCCAGGAGAGUCUGACGGAGAAGGAGACUCGCGCAACAGCUCGCCCAACUCAACCAUCUCCAACAGCAGCAAUGAUGGAUUCGGAGGGCUCAUGUCCUUUGCCAGCAAUCUUUACAAGAACCACGGCACCAGUUUCAGUCUCUCCAAUCUGGCUCUUCCCAACAAGGCGGCGAGAGAGAAAUCAACACCUUUCCCCAGCCUAAAAGUAUUUGGGCUAAAUUCUCUAAUGGAGAUAAUUACUGAGGCCGGCCCGGGGAGCGGAGAAGGAGCUCGUGCACCUCGAGCGCUCGUGGACCAGAAGUCUUCGGUGAUCAAACACAGUCCGACGGUGAAGAGGGAGUCUCCGUCUCCUCAGGGUCGAGUCAAUAACACCAGUGAGAACCAGCAGUUCCUGAAGGAGGUGGUCCAGAGCGUUCUGGACGGACAGGGGGUCGGCUGGCUCAACAUGAAGAAAGUCCGCCGCCUGCUGGAGAACGAGCAGCUCCGCGUCUUUGUUCUGAGCAAACUGAACCGAGCCGUGCAGUCGGAGGAAGACGCCAGGCAGGAGAUCAUACGAGAUGUGGAGGUGAGCAGGAAGGUGUAUAAAGGCAUGUUGGACAUCUUGAAGUGCACAGUUUCCAGUCUGGAGCACUCGUAUACAAACGCCGGCCUCGGAGGGAUGGCCAGUGUCUUCAGCUUACUGGAAAUAGCUCGAACCCAUUACCAAACCAAAGACCCAGAAAAGCGCAAGCGAAGCCCCACAGACAGUGCUGGCAGCCCGGGGAGUAAAGAGAGUCCUUCUGGUCGCAUGGAGACCUCCAGACCUCAGGGGCUCCUGAAUAUUCCCCACCUGCAGCUGCCGCACCACACAACGGGCAAAGGAGCCCGCCAUUUUGAUACCCGGAGUCUGAACGAGGAGAACUUUAUUGCCUCGAUUGAAUUGUGGAGCAAGCACCAGGAUAAGCAAAAAGCUAUGGAAAAACCACAGAGAUCUGAAGGAGCGAAGCAGCAGCGCCCUCAGGUGGCCGACGCUGAGGAGAAGAAAUCUCAGAUCAGUGCUGACAGCGGCCUCAGUGUUGCCUCCGGAUCUCAGAAAAGUGACACGGAGUCGGUGACGAGCUCAGAGCCGCCGAUCCUGACGAGAAGCACCAGCCAGGACUCGGAGGCCAGCACAGUGAUCAGCAACAGCUCUGGAGAGACUCUGGGAGCCGACAGCGACCUGAGCAGCACCGCAGGCGACGGGCUGGGAGGAAGAACCGCUCCUCAUCUGGCCCAGUCCAGAGGGACGCUGUCCGACAGCGAGAUCGAAACCAACCCGGCCACCAGCGCCGUGUUUGGGAAGACUCACACUCUGAAACCAGGAGCCAAAGACCAGGUUCCUGCCGUGGCCAAGGGUCCACCUGCCCAGCCGAUGGAGGACAUCAGCAUGAGGAUCUACCUGUGUGAAGGCCUGCUGGGCCGCGAUAAGAGCUCCGUUUGGGAUCAACUAGAGGAUGCUGCCAUGGAAACCUUUUCUUUAAGUAAGGAACGUUCCACGCUGUGGGACCAGGUCCAGUUCUGGGAGGACGCCUUCCUGGACGCCGUGAUGUUGGAGCGGGAGGGUAUGGGCAUGGACCAGGGCCCUCAGGAGAUGAUUGAAAGAUAUCUGUCGCUUGGAGAACACGAUCGCAAACGUCUGGAGGACGAUGAAGACCGACUCUUGGCCACUUUGCUGCACAAUAUGAUCGCCUACAUGCUAAUGCUGAAAGUGAACAAAAACGACAUCAGGAAGAAAGUGAGGCGCCUGAUGGGGAAGUCCCACAUCGGUCUCACCUACAGCCAAGAGAUCAAUGAGAUUCUGGACAAACUGGCCAACAUGAACGGCCGAGAGUUGUCCAUCAGACCCAGUGGAAGCCGACACAUCAAGAAACAGACGUUUGUUGUUCACGCCGGCACCGAUACCACCGGAGACAUCUUCUUCAUGGAGGUGUGUGACGACUGCAUCGUCCUGCGCAGCAACAUCGGUACGGUCUACGAGCGCUGGUGGUACGAGAAGCUCAUCAACAUGACCUACUGUCCGAAGACCAAGGUGCUCUGUCUGUGGAGACGCAACGGCCAGGAGACUCAGCUCAACAAGUUCUAUACCAAAAAGUGUCGGGAGCUCUACUACUGUGUUAAAGACAGCAUGGAAAGAGCUGCAGCAAGACAGCAAAGCAUUAAACCAGGUCCGGAGCUGGGCGGAGAGUUUCCCGUCCAGGACAUGAAGACGGGCGAAGGCGGCCUGCUGCAGGUCACUCUGGAGGGAAUCAACCUGAAGUUCAUGCACAGCCAGGUUUUCAUAGAGCUGAGUCACAUUAAAAAGUGCAAUACAGUGAAGGGAGUCUUUGUCCUGGAGGAAUUUGUUCCUGAAACUAAAGAAGUGGUGAUCCACAAGUACAAGACCCCCAUGGCUCAUCAGAUCUGUUACUCGGUCCUCUGUCUGUUCUCGUACGUGGCGGCGGUGAAGGGGAAGGAGGCGGAAGGAGGAAAACCCAAGAUGCUGUCACCGAGACCCGUCCCCAGUUAGCUGCUUCCCCUCCUCCGUCCACCGACAGACUCUAGACAAUCCCUACUACUGUAAGCACACUGCUCUGCUCCCGCUGUACAUAGACCUUUGUAGGUGUCGUGAUAUCGUGUAAAUACUUCGUCCUGAUGUUCCGCCUCAACGUUCCGCCUCCUGUCGUCCGACUCUUUGUACCGACGGUUCUGCCAAGGCGCUGAGUGCAUGCAGGUCCCGUGCACAGCCUCCGACCGGCCACGCCGUAGCUUCCUCCUCGUCUUUCUCCGUCCCGGGUUCUUCUGGUGGUCGGUCUCGUGAUUUCCUGUAAAUUCGUGUCCGGUUUUACGCUCCAAGCUGCACCAGAGCGCCGCAUGUCAAGACGCUUCUCCGUGGUGUUUGAAACCCUGUGAGUGUUCUUCUCUAGAGCGUGCCGUGAAACUUCCUCGUCCGUGGUCCGCUGUUCUAUCGGUUUGCAUGUUGCUAUGACGACUAUGCGAAAUAAAUAUUAUAUAUAUAUUUCUAUAUAUAGUAUUUAUUUAAUAUAUACAUACAUAUAUUAUUGACUGUACAUUUCUCUGGAGAAAAAGAAAAAUGACUAAAAAAACAAACAGAUGUUACAAAAGUUGUCGAUUUGCUAGAUGUGCAAUACUUAAUACUGAGUAGUUAGCCAUUAGCCAUUAGCCAGAGCCGUUUCCCUCCAGUUAACUGGCUUCAACAGUGUGAGGAAUGUAAGAAAGGCGUGUUUUUUUUGUUUGUUUGUUUUCUAUAGUAAACAUGGAUUGAAGUGACUUUCCAGCGUGACAUGAACGUUUAAAGUUUGUCCACAGGUCGGUCGGAUGAGGCCACAAACGGCCGCUGAGGUGGUUUUUAAAGGUGAAAAGUUCAGAAUAAUUAGAAUUUUAGUCACAUUUCUGGUCAAAGCAGGUGUUUUCUAGUCUUUAGCAGACGUGUAGGAGUUUUUCUUGUCCACUCUGGUUGUCGAACACUUUAAACUGCAUGUACACUCGGAUAAAUGAGGAAAUUUACAGUAUCUGCCUUCUGACAUGUGUCUGUAGAACUUUAUUUUGAUAAAAUCAGCGACUAAAAGGAGCAAAAGGCGUCUUUGAUGGUCUAAAUUUGUGCUGACGUUUCUUGUUACACAAAUGCUUAAAUACUUCUACUAGUGGAAACGUCAGUUGUAAACUAGAAAUUACUUUAAAAAUCACUGCAUCUGAGUGUUUCAUGGACAUUUGCUGAGGUUCCUCAGAGUUUAUAGAAGCUGACAAAUGUUUUAUUGAAUUGUAAUUUGGGUCUGAAAUAGUUUUCAAAAGUGUAUUUGUUGUUUUUCCUACUUUAUACUGCUGCAGUAGUGAGGGUGAAGUAUGUUCUGGUUGUUGUUCAGAAUUUACAACUGGUUAGAAACUUCAAAAAGUUCUCAAUCAAACUGUCUAUAUACUAAAAUGAAGGAUUUGCUCAAGUUUCUUGAACAUGUUUCGCCUGUUAACCAAAACUUUUUUUCAGUUCUGACUGAAAAACUGAACCGUGAGCUGAAGAAACCUUUAGGGUGAGAAGUUGAAACAUCUUUUAGAAACUAAAACACGUCCAGCUGCCUUCAUGUUAGCAUUUAGAUGACGGUUAAACAUGUUUUUAGAUUUCCAGGCUCAGGGUCAAAUGUUCUGACUGGUUUCUGUUGGAAGCAGCGACCUUCUGUUGACGAUAUCUUGAAAUUUACAGAACCAGUUGGAUAAAACGUAAAGAGAUUUAGAACCGUAUUUAGGGAUUUCCUUCCUCAUGCUGUUGAAAUAGUGAGGAUGAAGUAUGUUCUGGUUGUUAUUCAGAAUUUAAAACUGGUUAGAAACUUCAAAAAGUUCUCAAUCUCAAUUCCAAAACGAAGACAGAUGGAAUUCCUCAAAUUUCUUGAAGAUGUUUCACCUUUUAACCGAAACUUUUCUUCAGUUCUGACUGAAAAACUGAACCGUGAACCGAAGAAACCUUUAGAGUGAGAAAUUUAAACGUCUUUUAGAAACUGCAAUACGUCCAGCGUCCUUCAUUUUAGCAUUUAGAUGAAUGUUAAAGAUGCUUUAGAUUUCCAGGGUCAAAUGUUAGAAGAAGUGAACUUCUGUUGGCGUUAUCUUUAAAUUUAUAGCUUCAGGUCAACAACUGGGCCUUUCUUUGUCCGUUUGUAAAGACUAACGGACAGAAACAUCGAAAAGUUCUCCAAUCACACAGGCCGUUGUAGAUCUAAAUGCUGGAUUUGUUCAGGUUCCUUGAAGAACAUUUCUUCAGUUCUGACUGAAAAACUAAACGGUAAAAUGAAGAAACCUUUAGGACGAGGCUCUUUAAGGAACUAAAACUGCCUUUGUUGUAACGUUUAGAUACCAGUCCGGGCACAGAAUCACAUUUUCUGAUGUCUUCUGGUGGAAGCAGUGACCUUCUGCUGGUGACAGUACCUUUAAAUUUACAGCUGAAGGUCAACAACUCGACCUUUCUUCUCCAUUUAUAUAAAGUAACUGACAGAUAAAAGCCUGUUGAAGGUCAAGAGAAGCAGACAGAUGUAACUUACAUUUGCUCUGCUGUAAAGAUGAUGCAGAAUCCAAACAUAUUUAAGAACACAGACCUUUGAAAUGAUCGGAUCAGACUGUAAGGAGAUAAAUGCUGGAAAAUGUUCUUCCAAAGUGAAAAUACUUGACUGGAUGCCACUUGAAAGAGUUUUAAAACUGUAUUUGAGGUUUUCCUUUCUCUUUUUGGCGACUUUGUGAAGCUGCAGCAUGUUCUGGUUGAGCUUUUUUUUACCCAUUUUAAACUCUAAAUGAACAGUUAAACAGAUCAGAAUUGACGUAAAUGCUAAAACAACCAGACCUGUAUGAGUUUCUUGAUGUUUCUUAUCUAAUCUGAAACAUUUUGACUGAAGAACUAAACCUUAACUGAAGAAACCUUUAGUUUUAGCACUUAAAAGCCAUCUGUGAACCAAAGUUGCCUCAACAAGACUUGUGCGAGUUUCUUGAACACGUUUAUCUGAUCUGAGACGUUUUGACAGAAAAAACCUUCACCGAAAACCUUUUGUUUUAGCCCUGAGAAGCCAUCUAUAAAUACGACCAGUUAGUUUUUCAGACCGUAAUUAAAAGUAGGAAGAACAUAUUCCAGCAUCUGAGUGAAAAUUCCAACCUGGAUGCCAUUUCAAAGAGGAUUUAAACUUCUUGUUCCUCUUUUUGUGAAGACGCAGCAUCUUCUGGUUGAGUUUUUCGUGUUUCUAACAUAUUUUAAACUCUAAGUUAACAGUUAAACAGCUCCGAUUUGAUGUAAAUGCUCAAAUGAAGGCAACAAGAUGUUUCUUGACCACUUUUCUUAUCCAAUCUGAAACGUUUUGACUGUAGAAACCUUAGUUUUAGCACUUAGAAGCCAUCUGUAAAUGCAGCCAAUGCCUCGAUCCUGUUGACGAUAUCUUUAAAUUUACAGCUUCAGGUCAACAACUCGACCUUUCUUUGUCCAUUUAUAAAGAAUAAAUGACAGAAAAAUGAUAUUAGGAAGCGGAGACAAAUGGAAAAUCUGAUCUGACUGCAGCUGGAAACUCAAUAUUUUCACCCUGUUGGUCUUUUAUAACUUGAUUUAAAGACUGAAUAACAACGUUUGUGUACAAAAAAAAGACUUUUAUUCCUCAGAUUGUAAACAACCUCUUCCUGUUGCUUGUUUUGUCCGCGAUGUUCAACAAAGAGUCAGAAAACUUGUAAAUUUCCACAUUUUGGAAGCUAAAACUAUCAGAAAAACACCUGCUUUGAUGUAAAAACCCUCUCGGCGGUUGUUUUCCAUCCUCAGAUGGCAGCCUGCAGCCGUAGGAUCAGAGUCUUAAUGUCGUGUUCGUUCCAUGAUGGUGAAGCUUCCUUCGCUGCCCGCCGGACUGUUGUUUUUUCGGCGGGUUCGUGUGUGAGUGUUUGGUGAACAGUUUCUCCAGAUCAGCAAUAUAUCGACGGAUCGGCGCCAAGAGCUUUUAUUUUCACCCCGAUGAUGUAUUUUUAGUAACUGUGCAGAGAAAAGAAUCAGUAGGAUGUCGAUGAGAUGCUGUAAAAUAAAAAUAAUAAAAAACAUGAAAGCAUCUUUCAAAACCUGAUCUGGGAAUUUUCUGCUUGAGUUUCAAAGAUUUUUCUUUUUUUAAACACUGGAUUAUUACGACUCAUCUCUGUCACUGUGUUCACUGACGGCUGUAAAGAGAAGGAAUGAAGAAUAAAAACCAAGAAAUGAGAUGAAGGUAUUCCAGUCUUUGAAAAAGUAUUUAUAGAAUAACAUGUACAGCUUUGGCAAUAUAAUAAAGUUGUCCCAAAUGAG